UUUCGUCGUCUCAUUUAAGCGCUGCUCAACAGCUUGCAACAGUGAAUCCAGAUGUCUUGCGCGAAUUGCGUGCGUAUGGAGCAACGCAGAUCGAUAUCAAAUUUAGGGUGUUUGAAGCGAGUGUUCGCGACGCAAUCCUCGUUAGUUCAUAAACCCGGCAAAUAACCGUGUGAUAUCAUUUCCCUGAUGACUCGAACCAUCUCGAUCACCCCAUACAAAAACAAGUCCGAGCUUCUACGAGUUCGGGAGUUGUUUUAUGAAGAUUUUAAUGACUCAGUGUCUCUUAAAGCUGCGAUAGACACAGUUUUAUACUGGCAGAGUAGGGGCAAGGUACCUCAUGCGGUCAACACCACCGCAUGGCUCGUUUCAGCAGUGCUAAAUGAUGCCAUUCUCACAGAAAGAUCGAAAGAACUUCGAAUUCGAACAGAACGUGGCAUGAGUGAUGCUCUACCCAGAAAUGCGGAAGAAUAUGUACUACGGAAUGCAUACUCAAUGGCAUUGGUUCGUUUUGUCAACGGUAUACUAGACCCUUAUCAACAGGGUACUUACGCCGUGGCGCUCCUGACUUUAGCCAAGGAAAUUGAACUUCCUUACUUCUUCGUUGAAGUUCGCCAUUGGGCUACACAUGAACAAUUGCCAUCUUUGGAAAUAUUACGAGCAACUAGUCACCGUGCACUAGAAUGGCUUCACAUCAAAUUUUGGAGCCUACUCGAUGCUUCUCAAAAUUUAAAACGUACUAAAUUCAUGGAGAAGGAAAUGCACUUUAUCGAUAUAAAGCUGGAUGUGACAGCCGCCUUCAGAGCCUAUAGAUCAUGUGUGAAGUCUAAAUUCACGACAGAAAGCUCCAGAAAUAAUUCCAGCCAAGAUAUAACGGUUCUAGAAGCUCAAAUUCAUUCGAUUGCGACUAGCCUGAGUUUAGAUUUUCAUCUCGCCCGUCUCUUGGCGCUGAAAAAAGCUCUCUUGAAAGAGGCAUCUUUCUCUACUAUCCAUGAGACGUACGGCGAUCUUGUUGCGAAAUUACCCCCCAAAUUUCUUUUACUAUUGGUACAUACUCUAUUACUGGAAACACACUCAAAUUGCUCUGUGCAUUCAAUUGGAAGUAUGGUGUACCUGAACACUAAAGAGUGGUUUGACCUUUUCUUAUCGCUGAUUCUUGGGGGACCCUAUCCUUUUCGACUUCAUUAUCAUGUCUACAAUAACGAUGAAGACGUCUUGCAAAGCUUAGAGAAUUACCAUCGUGUUUUGCACUAUCAUAAUCAUAUUCCUUGCGACUUCAAAACAAUCAAGCUUACUAAAAAACCAGACCUAAAAUUUGCAAAAGCCCCUCUGCUCGAAGAACUCUUGCAAGUUUCUUCUGCCCCACCAGGAAAACAGAUGAAACGAAACAGAAAUGAAGACCCCGAAAUACAAAGAGUGACAAACAGAUCUAAGGCCGGCCGCGUCUUCGAAAAGCCAUCAACAUGGCGAAUUUUACCGUUUGGUAUCAGUGCAAUGUCCAAUAUCUAGUAUCGUCGAAUACACCAUGAAUCAAAACAUACUACGAACGGUCUACUCAAGAACA